AUGACCUCUCAUAUUCAUCAGAAUUAUUCCACCGAAGUGGAAGCUGCUGUGAACCGCCUGAUCAACUUGCACCUUCGGGCCUCCUACAUCUAUUUCUCUCUGGGCUUCUUUUUUGAACGGGAUGAUGUGACUGCGGAGAGUGUAGGCCACUUUUUCCGCGAAUUGGCCAAGGAGAAGAGCGAGGGUGCGGAGCGUCUCCUCAAGUUGCAGAACGAUUGCGGGGGCCGUGCCCUCUUUCACGAUGUGAAGAAGCCAUCUCAAAAUGAAUGGGAAAAAACCCAGGAGGAGGCCAUGGAAGCUGCCUUGGACCUGGAGAAGAUCCUGAACCAGGCCCUCUUGGAUCUGUAUGCCCUGGGUUCUGCCCGUUCAGACACUUAUCUCUGUGACUUCUUAAAAAGCCACUUCCUGGAUAAGGAAGUGAAACUCAUCACGAAGAUGGGCAGCCACCUGACCAACCUCCGUAGGCUGGCAGGGUCACAACCAGCGCAGACUGAAGUGUCCCAGGCAUCUCUGGGAGAGUAUUUCUUUGAGUGCCUCACUCUCAAGCACAACUAGGAGGCCUCUGUGCCUUCAAGGGGCUCCCUCCUCUGCUCUGCAC